UUCUCGUUGACUAUCUGGAGUCCGCCAGCUGGUUUAGCACAUUGGACCUCGGUGUGUCGGAUUAUCCUUCUCAUCGCAAUUUAUUUUCUCUUGACACGUGACGUCAGCAUGGCGGAGUCCUCCGGGCCUGCAAAAGGGGGAGGGGCAACGUCCAGCACCGUCACCACCGAAAAUGAGACCCAACCGGAACAUCGUUCACUGACCUUGAAGCUGAGAAAGAGGAAGCCGGACAAGAAGGUGGAAUGGACGUGCGACACUGUGGACAACGAACACCUGGGGAGACGUUCUUCCAAGUGCUGCUGCAUCUAUGAGAAGCCUAGACCAUUCGGCGAGAGCUCAACUGAGAGUGAAGAUGAUGAAGACAGCUGCUGUGAUAGUUCUAACUGCAUCCGUGGCCACAAAAAGAGAGGACACGGAAACACUGACCCACCUCCACCAGGCCACGAUAAAGCACCUGGCAGAAUGCAACACUAAGAAAGCCAAGAGAGACAGUCUAUGUCCUUGAGGAACAAUAGGGAGCCGCUAUCUCUCGCUCUUUCUGUCUCUUUUCAUUUUAAUGAGAGUGACACAAGCAGAUCAAGUAUUGCGUUGUCUCGUAUGAUAGUCUUUUUUUGUUUGGGCAUUCAGGGCAGUAAUAAGAGAGAUGGCGACAAUAACACCUAUUAGUCUCUCUCUUACUAUUUAUUGGAGGCGGUGUAGUCUGCUGCGACAAGUAACCGUUGUCUCUCCAUGAUUUAUGAGGACCACUGCAGAACGUGGGGUAUUUUUUCCUGCUCUUUUACAGCACAGCACCAGCUAAAACUAUAAAGUGUUAUCUCUUAACAGCUGUCUCCAGGAAAGAAUGAAAUCAUUGAAUGUAUGAGCAUGUCUCUAUGGGCAGUGUUUGCACUUCCAUUUUCAUUCUUUUUCUUAUCUUUUUCUAUUACCGCAGUAAUGUAGCCCAUUGAAUGUAGACAUUUAAACUAUUCCACCCACCAAUGGUCCUGUCACUCGCAAUGAUACUGAUGCCAUUAAAUGCAAUGCAUGGAUUUAAUUUAUUAUAGUAUAUACUUACCUUGGAAGGUGAUCUACACUGUAUAGACAUUACAUUAACCUCUUUAGUGCACCAUAUAAUGCUUCAUUAUUGUGUAUUAUAUAGUUACAUUUUAUAUUUGUGUUGCUCAGCAGAUGCUAUACUACAUAACGUCUUAUGUCUCAAAAUUAGUUUUCAUGAUGGUUUCUGUUAUAAUCUCUUUUAACUGCAUUAUCCCCCCUUUAAUUGGCCACUCAAUAUAUCUUCUUCCUAUAGCAUUCCAGUUUCCAAAUAUUGAUACACAUCACUUCCUCGGAAAUCAAUAUCAAUUAAAGGCUUCUAUACCUCCAUGUAAAUGCUAUAUAAAACAUAUGAUUACAUAAACUAUGUUAUAAAUCAUUAUUUAUAAAGCCUGACUCCAUAUACACAUCAUAGCAAUGUGCUAUAUAGGUUUGCUGUAUUGCUUAUACCACUGCUCUGUGCAACAUCACAGAGCUUUUACUGUGGUACCAUAUACGAUCUGCAGUUAUAUGUUACUGGUACAUGUAAAAGGCUAUUGCUCCAUAUAGUCUUUCCCUGUUACUCAUCAUAUUGCUUAAAAUUACCUCCCCCUAUAUGUGAUCCUAUUGCAUCAUAUAAACUUUCUCUAUAACUUCUAUUGCUCUGUUUAAUCUCUCCCUAUAACUCCUCCCUAUAACUCUCCCUAUAACUCUCCCUAUAACUCCUCCAUAUAACCCUCCCUAUAACUCCUCCAUAUAACCCUCCCUAUUGCUCCAUAUAACCCCCCCUCUAUAACUUCUAUUGCUCUAAAUAACCCACCCUAUAAUUUCUCCUAUUGCUCUAUAUAACCUCUCUAUAUAACUCCUCCUAUUGCUCCAUAUGACUUUCCCUAUAACUCCUAUUGCUCCACAUAACCUCUCCCUAUAAGUCCUAUUGCUCCAUAUAACCCUCCCUAUAACUCCUAUUGCUUCAUAUGACUCUCCCUAUAACUCCUAUUGCUCCACAUAACCUCUCCCUAUAAGUCCUAUUGCUCCAUAUAACCCUCCCUAUAACUCCUAUUGCUUCAUAUGACUCUCCCUAUAACUCCUAUUGCUCCACAUAACCUCUCCCUAUAAGUCCUAUUGCUCCAUAUAACCCUCCCUAUAACUCCUAUUGCUUCAUAUGACUCUCCCUAUAACUCCUAUUGCUCCACAUAACCUCUCCCUAUAACUCCUAUUGCUCCAUAUGACUCUCCCUAUAACUCCUAUUGCUUCAUAUGACUCUCCCUAUAACUCCUAUUGCUCCAUAUAACCCUCCCUAUAACUCAUAUUGCUUCAUAUGACUCUCCCUGUAACUCCUAUUGCUCCAUAUAACCCUUCCUAUAACUCCUAUUGCUUCAUAUGACUCUCCCUAUAACUCCUAUUGCUCCACAUAACCUCUCCCUAUAACUCCUAUUGCUCCAUAUGACUCUCCCUAUAACUCCUAUUGCUCCACAUAACCUCUCCCUAUAACUCCUAUUGCUCCAUAUGACUCUCCCUAUAACUCCUAUUGCUCCACAUAACCUCUCCCUAUAAGUCCUAUUGCUCCAUAUAACCCUCCCUAUAACUCCUAUUGCUUCAUAUGACUCUCCCUAUAACUCCUAUUGCUCCACAUAACCUCUCCCUAUAAGUCUUAUUGUGCCAUAUAACCCUCCCUAUAACUCCUAUUGCUUCAUAUGACUCUCCCUAUAACUCCUAUUGCUCCACAUAACCUCUCCCUAUAAGUCUUAUUGUGCCAUAUGACCACUCUCUAUAACUCCUAUUGCUUCAUAUGACUCUCCCUAUAACUCCUGUUGCUCCACAUAACCUCUCCUUAUAACUCCUCCUAUUCUCUGUAUAGCCUCUCCCUAUAACCGCCUAUUUCUCUAUAUAACCCCUCUUUAUCUCUAUAAAAACCCUCCCUAUUAUUCAUUCUAUUGCUCCAUAUAACCUUCACUAUCUCUUCGAUAACAUAUAACCAUUUUUUAUUUUGUGUACUAACCUUAUUACUCCUCACAUAUAACUGUCCUCUAUUAAAACACUUUUUCCUCAGUCCUCGUUUAGCUUGAUAUAAUCAUCUUUAGUUUUCCAGAACAUCCAUUUUGAAUUGAUUUGUUGACAUGUGCACGAUUAGCUGCUAAGCUUUAAUUACCUAAAGGACCUAGGAUGAAUAGGUCUUAAAUCUUUAUUGUUAAUUUUGCUAUAUUUUUCUGAUCUGUAUAUUGUGUAUUAUUUUGCUUUUGAAAGUAAAGAUUUUUGUUUGUUA